CUCUCUAUCCCCUCAAAUGCUCCCAGCUCUCUUCAACCUUCUGAAGUCGACUCGACUUUGACCCAUCACAACGCGUCUGUAUUCGCGACACUCUCAUAUGCGACCCACACAGGCGAUUCUCGACUCAUUCACAUCCAAAACCGCGAAAUGGACAAUAGAGAGGACAUGGGCCCAGAGCCCUCCAACGUUGCUAUCGGACAGUUCUCUUUCGCUCCUACUACUCGAACCACAGUGGUGACAACCACCACAACUACGACCACCUCCUUCCCGCCGUUGACCAUCAAACCUCCGCGAGCCGUCAAGGAUUUGGAUACUCGACUAUACCCUCUCGCCUCGACUCCAACUCCAGCGGCACUAAGAAAUCUCAAGUUUCAAAUCGGUGACAAGUCCAUCGUUUUCAACGAACCCGAGGAUACGAAAAAUGCUGCGGCUGAGUUUCAGGAGAAAACCGAAGCCUUAAAGUCUUCAAAUGGUCAGAUUCGCUCUGUGAGCUCGUUCAUCUCCGAGGGCGAUCACCUAAAUCGACGACUGGCUACCCCAAGAAUAGCGAGUCAACCCGUGAUUCUCCCUUCCAACACUCGUCGUUCUGUCCCUUCCCCUGCCACGCUGCGUGAUUCUCGCCCCUCGGUUGUUGUUCCGCGAACUCGCCCAUCUCGGGUUCCUUCUGAGCCCAUUACACGCCGCACCCGCCAAAGUGGCGCGGCAUCAACUCAUCUUGCCGCUGGCCUUGCCACGCCGGACACUGAAUCUAAUCUCAGCGGACUGGGCGAAAAUGUGGCACCAAAACCGAGAAUUCACAGUUCGGUGUUCCCGCGCAGGGAACCUCCUUUGCCAUCACCUCUCUCCUAUGAACUUGGGGCUAAAGAUUCACAGAGCUCCAACGAAAAUGCUUACCUGCAGAAUGGACUGGCUGGGAUUCGUUCAAAUGCCAGAACCCAAGUGUCUCAAGCUACUGAAGUGGACGAGAAUUCUACAACACAUGAAUCAGACUCAUUUGGUCACGAUACGACAUAUGGAACUCAGGAAUCUGCAUCGCAUGACAGACCCGAGCUCACAUCUCAACUUUCGGCAAUAGAAAAUGCUAUGGCCCAAGAUAUGUGUCUCCCGAGUCCCAGCCUGUCACCAGUCACUGCUAUGAAUGCUCUCCACGGCGAAUCAUUUGAUUCAGAGGUACUCGAUGUUGAUACAGAUUCCAGUCUGGAUCGUAGCCUCUUGCGUUGCUCUAAGGCUCUCCGUCUUCAAGAUGCUGAGGAGACUAGGUUAAAUGCUUACUCUGCUGCAAACUCAGGGUCACCCUCUUCCCUCUUAGACAUGCCCAAGGUGCUUGAGUUCUUCGAUGCGGUGCCUGAUGAUGUUAAAACUUAUCUCAUGUAUCAGUUCCUUCGAAGAUGUCCCAAACCGACUCUCCAUUUCGUGGCAGAUGUGGUCAAUCCAACUCUGAAGUGCGACUUCCUUACUCUUCUCCCACUUGAGCUCAGUCUUAAUAUCAUCAAAUACCUUGACGUUCAGUCUAUGUGCCGUGCUGCACAGGUGUCCAAACGGUGGAGACAUAUCACCAAUUCCGAUGAAAAGAGUUGGAAGAAUCUCCUUGACCAGGAUGGGUAUCAUCUCUCAGACGGAGAGUUGGAACGGGCUAUCAAACAGGGAUGGGGAUGGCAGUUGUCUAGUGGCCCUCAGGAUUACGAGGAAGAUCUCAGCAUCAUGGUCUCGUCUAAGACGGAUACGGAGGCCUCUCCUGUUCCUAUGGCCGGUUCAAGCAGCAGAGACCUUCUGGUAUCCCUACCAUCGACAUCGUCCCGUCGCAACAAGCGGAAGGCAAACUCGCGCUCUUCAAGCCGCAAACUCGCCAAGCGAAAAGUCUCAUCCAGUGGAGGAGAAAUCACCGAUCCAGACUGGAAGAGAGAUAUCGCCGCGUCCGAAACGCCAUACGCUGCAGCCAACGCUGCAGCUGCAGCAAUACCCUAUGCUGAAGUGGGCUUGCCAUCCCUUCGGGGACUGUUCCUCUUCAAGGUUCUCUACCGUCGCCACGUUGCAAUCCACAAGGGAUGGAUGCAGCCGGAUGUCAAGCCGCAACAUAUCGCUUUCCGCGCUCAUCACCGCCAUGUGGUUACUUGCUUGCAAUUUGACGCUGAUAAGAUUCUUACGGGAAGCGAUGACACCAAUAUCAACGUUUACGAUACUAAAACAGGUGCCUUGAAAGCAAGAUUAGAGGGUCACGAAGGUGGAGUGUGGGCUCUUGAAUACCAUGGCAAUACGCUGGUUUCCGGCUCUACUGAUCGCUCUGUGCGUGUCUGGGAUAUCGAGCGGGCCAGGUGUACUCAGAUCUUCCAAGGCCACACAUCCACCGUCCGAUGUCUGCAGAUUGUCCUGCCUACCGAAGUAGGCAGGGAUGCAGAUGGUCAGCCUGAGCUCAUGCCUAAACAGCCAUUGAUUAUUACUGGCUCUCGUGACUCGAAUCUCCGGGUGUGGAAACUUCCCAAACCUAGUGAUCAACCCUACUAUCAAGCUGGGUCUCCAGCAGAUGAUGCUGACUGUCCCUAUUUCCUACGCGUUCUUUCCGGACACCAACAUUCUGUCCGUGCAAUCGCAGCCCAUGGUGAUACCCUUGUGAGUGGUAGCUAUGAUUGCACGGUGAAGGUAUGGAAAAUCUCUACCGGACAGACUUUGCACACUCUACAAGGCCAUACAAUGAAAGUGUACAGCGUGGUUCUGGAUCACAAGCGCAAUCGUUGCAUCAGUGGAGCCAUGGACCACAUGGUCAAGGUGUGGUCACUAGACGAUGGAUCCGUACUUUACAACCUUGAAGGCCAUACCUCUCUCGUUGGUUUGCUUGCUCUGGAGCACGAUUUCCUCGUUUCGGCUGCCGCUGAUUCCACUCUCCGCAUCUGGGAUUCCGUUCACGGUCACUGCAAGAACACAUUGAGUGCCCACACAGGUGCCAUCACCUGCUUCCAGCAUGAUGGGCAGAAGGUGAUCUCUGGAUCUGAUCGCACCUUGAAGAUGUGGGAUGUGCGAACCGGCGAGUGCGUGCGCGAUCUCCUCACCGACCUCAGUGGCGUGUGGCAGGUCAAAUUUAAUGACCGAAGAUGUGUUGCCGCGGUUCAACGUGACAGCUUGACAUACAUCGAAGUUCUCGAUUUUGGUGCUGGACGGGAUGGAGUCCCGGAAAAGAAGCUUGCAAAGCGCAUUGUUGUCAACAAACGUGGGAAGGAGAUCCGCGCCACCCGUAAUGAAGACGAUGACAACUUGUCCGAUUAA